AUGGAGGAUAUGGGAUGGACCGAUAGACCAUGGGGAUGAGCGAUGGAUCACCCAUGGGCCAAUGGCACUAUUACUGUUCACCAGACGAGAACACUGGCUCCACAGCCAGCAAUACUUGCAAAUUCCAUGCGAAUUCCUAUUUUAUUGAGAAAUACUUUCAACAAAGAUAAUUUUGAGACUUUAAAAAAAUUUUCUAUAGAUAAAAGUGAUCUAUAGGUUUAUGUUUCUAUCUGGCAAGCCGCCCAGUUUUGCGAGAGGUCAGGUCAGAGCUAUUGCUAUUGUUUUAUGAAAGAGAAAGGAAAAGUCACAAGAUGGUUUCAACGUGCAGUCCGUAUUUUCAACUUGGCCCCAACAGUUUGCGUGUCUCGGUAAACUUACACGCCACAAAUAGAAAACGUUUAUCAGAACGUUUAAAAGGCAAAACUAGCAAUGGAGCAAUGGUAUUCUUGCAAGGUGGUGAAGGGCGAUGUCGUUAUAACACUGAUACAGAAAUUGUUUUUCGACAGGAAUCAUUUUUUCACUGGACAUUUGGUGUGUUGGAAGAUGGUUUCUUUGGGGCUAUUGAUGUUGAUAAUGGAUCUUCUACGUUAUUUAUGCCGCGAUAUCCUAAAGAAUAUGCUAAAUGGAAAGGAGAAAUUCAUUCACCUGAAUACUUCAAGAAACGCUAUGAAGUUGAUGAGGUUUUUUACACCAAUGAGAUUGCUAAGAUAUUGAAAAACAAAAAUCCAUCUGUGCUGUUAACUCUUUAUGGACAGAACACAGACAGUCAAGAAUAUGUUAGAGAAGCUGCUUUUGAUGGUAUUGGCAGUUUCAAGGUUGACAAUAAAACUCUUUUCCCUGAGAUUGUGGAAUGUCGAGUCUUCAAAACCAAACAAGAAAUUGAGGUUGUUCGCUAUGCAAACAGAAUCAGUAGUGAGGCUCAUAAAAUGUUGAUGAAGGAAAUCAAACCAGGAAUGAUGGAAUUUCAAUUGGAAAGUAUGUUUCUCAACUAUUGUUAUUUGAAUGGAGGAUGUCGUCAUUCAGCUUAUACAUGUAUAAGUGCAAGUGGUCCAAAUUCAUCCAUAUUACAUUAUGGCCAUGCUGGAGCUCCAAACAACCGUGUUUUAGUUGAUGGUGACAUGUGUUUGUUUGAUAUGGGUGGUGAAUACUACUGCUAUGCUGCUGAUAUCACAUGCUCAUUUCCUGUUAAUGGGAAAUUCACUGAAAAACAAAAAAAUAUUUAUGAAGCUGUCCUCAGGGCUAACAGAGCUGUAAUGGCACAAGUUAAACCAGGUGUGCUGUGGCCGGAUAUGCAUCGUCUGGCUGACAGAGUACAAUUGGAGGGAUUAAAGGAUUGUGGGAUACUUAAAGGUGAUAUUGAGGAGAUGGUCAAGGUACAUUUGGGGGCUGUCUUCUUUCCACAUGGCCUCGGACAUUUCUUUGGAUUAGAUGUCCAUGAAGUUGGAGGAUACCCAGAGGGUAUUGAGCGAAUUAUGAAACCAGGACUUCAAUCACUACGAACAGCUCGGAUUCUUGAAGAGAAUAUGUUGAUAACCAUCGAACCAGGAAUAUAUUUUAUUGACUAUCUUUUGGAUGAAGCAUUGAAUGAUCCAGAAAGAUCAGUGUUUAUCAAUGAGGAUGUUCUACAAGAGUACAGAGGAUUUGGAGGGGUUCGCAUCGAGGAUAACAUUGUUGUCACAGCAGAUGGGAUGGAGUUGUUAACUCAUGUCCCUCGAACAGUUCAGGAAAUUGAGGAGCAUAUGGCAGGAGGAGUGACAUGUGCCUGAAAGUGACCUGGUAACGAGGUAUUCAUUGAAAUCACGUGUAUCGUACUGCUGUGAAUAAAUACGAUGAUUUUAUUUUUUCUUUUAAACAAGAAAUUGAUUAAUUUAAUGAAAUUUGAUUGAUAGUGUUGGAUUUUAAUCCUGUAGAAUUUUAUACAGCUUGACAAUCAACCUCAAGCAACCCAACGUUACAACGAAAAAUAAAUUCUUUAUUUACACAUCGA